AUGGCACACAUAAUUUUAUACUGCAUGUUGUCGCUUUUUGUGGACAUAUCGAAUCAAACUAUAAUAUCAAUGGCGCAGGGAAAAAUUAGAGGCGUCGAGCAGGAUGCGCAUAUUUCGUUUGUGGGGGUGCCCUAUGCUUCUAUUGAAAGGAAUGGUAGAUUUAAGAGAGCUGGUGGAGCACCCACAUGGUCGGGAGUGCGGGAAUCCCGCGAUCCAUACUGCUCAGCUCGCUCUGAAGUGCAAGAUUGCCUACAGCUAGACGUGCACGUGCCGAAAACAGGUAAAUCGUUGCCGAUCCUCGUCUGGAUAAAGAGUACUAGUGGUGAUUAUCCACCAGGGCAUUUGGUGAAGGAAGGAAUUGUUGUCGUAACGGUUAGGCACAGAAUGGGACCAGUGGGCUUCAUGUGCUCAAACGAAGAUAAAAUACCAGGAAACGCUGGAAUAAAAGACGUUGUCCUUGCUUUAAGAUGGAUACGCGAUAACAUUGUCGCGUUUAAAGGUAACCCCAACAGAGUGGUGGUGGCUGGCCAGGGCCUAGGCGCUGCAAUGGCGGAAACCCUUACCCUGUCAAAGAUGGCUACAGGACUGUAUCAUGGUCUCAUAUUACAAAGCGGUACCGUUUUAGCACCUUGGGCUUUCAAUUACAAUGCUAACGACAAGACCAAAUAUCUUCAAAUGACGCUAAACGGAACAGAAUCUAUACUAAAUUCACCAAUAACGGAAGUGGUAGCUAAGUCAAAAGAACUCGAUGUACCAUAUUUUCCAUUCGGAAUUUGCAUAGAGCGAUCAUUCAAACACGAAGAAAGGUUACUUUCCGAAGCGCCCUUCGAUAGUUUCGUGAAAGGGAAGAUUCACUCUGUUCCCAUAUUAACCGGAUAUAAUACAAACGAGGCUUAUGUAUUUCUAUCAAUGUUAGAAGAUAUAAAAGUCGUUAAGAAAAUGACAAGGGAUGCAACAUUUCUGCUUCCUAUGGAGUUACAAUUAUCAAGCGAAAGGGAAAUAAAGUCCUUGACAAAACGAGUAUCCGAUAUGUAUUUUGACGAUAACACGACGAUGAACUCAGUUCUCGAAUACCAUAGGGACGCCUAUUUCCUAAGUCAUAUUUAUCGCAGUGCCAACUUUCAUGCGGUGUAUGCCCCCGUAUAUUUUUAUCAGUUUUCACAUUCUGGCAAUGUAGGUGUCGAACCUGAGACGAUGUUAGAAAAACAAGGCGCAGCCCACUCAGACGAGCUCGCUUACUUAUUCCCAUCUAGUGACAUGGAAUUCGAUGGAGAUGAUGCAAUUAUACAGAGGCAUCUCGUUCAAUUAUGGACAAAUUUUGUAAAACAAUUUGUCGUUGGUCGCGGAGCACUAUUAUCACGACACUGGGAUGUCAAAACAACACAAGGAAUAGUUAGAGGGUACCACAAAGUCAACCCGUCGCACUUCGCCUUCCUCGGGGUGCCUUACGCCCGCCCGCCCACCGGUUACGAUAGAUUUAAGGCACCUAGUCCACCUGCUGUUUGGGAUGGAAUUUUUGAGGCUACACAUAAAGUCAAAUGCCCACAAUCCGAAACUAAGGGCAGUGAAAACUGUUUGAUCAUAAACAUUUUUGUACCAGCUAGCAAGAUAACUAACAUGCCUGUACUAGUGUACUUGCAUGAUGGAAAUUAUGAAAGCGGUUGGGGGUCUUUUGACCCACCAUCACAUUUCAUCAAUGAAGGAUUAAUUAUUGUGACUUUUAACUACCGAUUGGGGAUACUAGGAUUUCUCUGCCUAAAAACUCAAUAUAUUCCAGGAAAUGCCGGACUCAAAGACCAAGUAGCAGCACUGUAUUGGAUACAGAAAAACAUUUUAAAGUUUAGUGGAAAUCCUCUUGACAUUACAGUAUAUGGAACAGGCUCUGGGGCUGUAUCUAUUGAAAUUCUAUUAUUAUCAGGUACAAGUCGGAACCUAUUUCAUAAAGUAAUUUUAGAAUCAGGCUCAGUUUUAUCUCCUUCCUCAGUAAUUAAUGAUUCAAUCGGUAUGGCAUUUGAAGCUGCACAAGAAUUGGGUUACGAAGGUGAAGAGAAUAUAAGAGAUAUGGAAAAUUUCUUUAGAAAGCAACCAAUAAUAAAUUUGGUGAAUGUAUCUGUGAAAUUUGUGCCAUGCAUCGAGAGAAAUUCUAUAUUUUCUCUACUUAGCAAUGACCCUUUGAAAAUAAUGAAAUCUGGAAACUUUCACCAUAUACCCAUGAUGAUUACAUAUAGUGAUUCGAAAGAAAAGGAAAUAAUAACCAAGAGCAGACAAUUUAGUACAGUUUCAGAGAAUUUCAAACAUCUUUUACCAAAUAAUGUAGCCUUAGAUGAUGCUACAAGGGAAAUAUUAGUAAAAGUAACUAAACAUUUUUAUUUUGGGAAUUCUGUUGCCCAGCAAGAUAUAGUACAAAGUUUUAUUGACUAUGUUAAUGAUAUUUUUAUGGAAUACCCUGUAGUUACAUCUGCAGCAUAUUACGCUCACAAAAAUGAUGCAGUGUUUUUAAUGAGGUAUGUUUUACGAGAAAAAGGUACAAGUAACAUAGUUAAAAACAAUUAUGGGGAUAUUUUUAAGUAUGUGUUCGCUAAUGGUAUACAUGAGAUGAACAAAAUGAGUGAUAUUUUGAGAUCUAUCUGGAUAAACUUCAUAAGACUUGGGUAA